AUGGCUCCUGAAGAGUUCGCCAAAAUGGAUGCGGUUACCCUUGGACAGUUAUUUUACGAGGGCUUAGAAGCAGCCAGAGCUCCUCCUAAACCAGCCACAACCCCUAAACCACCCAGAGCUCCUCUUAAACCACCCAGAGCUCUCCCUAAACCACCCAGAGCUCCUCCUAAACUACCCAGAACUCCUCCUAAACCAGCCAGAGCUCCCCCUAAACCAGCCAGAGCUCUUCCUAAACCAGGUAGAGCUCCUCCUAAGCCACCCAGAACUCCCCCUAAACCAGCCAGAGCUCUUCCUAAACCAGCCAGAGCUCCCCCUAAACCACCCAGGGCUCCUCCUAAACCAGCCAGAGCUCCUCCUAAACCAACCAGAGCUCAUCCUAAACCAGUCAGAGCUCCUAAACUCGGAAAUUCAAUUGAACGAGACUCCAGGAGGACA